AAAGCGGGCCUGCCAUAAUUGGAAGUCUCCACCUAUCUACCUAGCCAAUACACUUCGCCGACGCCAUGGCCGAAAACCUCGCACCGCAGUUUCCCCCUCACGUCCUCCUCUUCCCAUUCCCAUUCCAAGGCCACAUAACUCCCAUGCUCCACCUCGCCGAGCUUCUCAGCCUCGGCGGCCUCCACGUCACCUUCAUCAACACCCUCCACAACCACAACCGCCUCUUCAGCAACGCCAACUUCCGCUCCCAUUUCAGCCGCCGCUACGCCGGGUUCCGGUUCGAGGCCGUCUCCGACGGGCUUCCCGAGGACCAACCGAGGUCCGAGGAGAAGCGGUUGUUGGAUAUUCAUGCUUCUUUGAGAGCCACUGCGAAGCCAUUUCUUAAGGAGCUGUUGAUGAGUUCGAGUGGCGGUAGAGGGGCAGUGAGUUGUGUCAUAGUUGAUGGGAUUUUGGGAUUCGUACGUGAAGUGGCUGAGGAUUUAGGGGUUCCGGUGAUUUACUUCCGCACCGUUUGUGCAUCUGCGGUUUGGACUUUCUUCUCCAUCCCUAAUUUGAUUCAAGCCAAAGAGCUCCCCUUCCAAGUGGCGAGUAGAGGGGCAGUGAGUUGUGUCAUAGUUGAUGGGAUUUUGGGAUUCGUACGUGAAGUGGCUGAGGAUUUAGGGGUUCCGGUGAUUUACUUCCGCACCGUUUGUGCAUCUGCGGUUUGGACUUUCUUCUCCAUCCCUAAUUUGAUUCAAGCCAAAGAGCUCCCCUUCCAAGCAGGGAACGACAUGGACAAGCCGGUGGGCAGCGUGGAGGGCAUGGAAGAUUUCCUCCGCCGUUGCGAUUUACCCACUUUUUGCCAAGUGGACGAUUUAUCGGCGCCAAGUUUCCAGUUCGUCCGAUCGGAGACAAAACAUCCUAGAACUAUCGGGUUAAUACUCAACACAUUUGAGGAUCUGGAAAAACCCAUGCUCGAUCAUAUUCGGGCCCGGGUUCCAAACUUGUAUGCCAUCGGGCCCUUCCACGCCCACUUGCGGGCCAAACUCGAAGCCCAAUCAAUCAAACAAUAUAUUAAUCUGCAAGAAGAAGAAGACAGGAGCUGCAUGGAAUGGCUUGACCGACAGCCCGACAAGUCGGUUAUUUACGUCAGCCUUGGCAGUUUAAUAACCGUCUCAAGGGAAACGCUCAUGGAGCUGUGGCACGGCCUUGUCAACAGCGGACAGCGGUUCUUGUGGGUGAUCCGCCGCGGCUCCGUCACCAACGGCGACGGCGGGGAUCAAUUCGUGGCGGAAAUCAAGGAGAAGAUCACGGAAACCGCUUACAUUGUGGGCUGGGCCCCGCAAAAAGAGGUCUUGUCGCACCGGGCCGUUGGCGGGUUUCUGACUCACAGCGGGUGGAACUCCACCCUCGAGAGUAUAAUUUGCGGAGUGCCAAUGAUUUGCUGGCCGCACUUCGCGGACCAACCCGUGAAUGCCAGGAUGGCUGAAACGGUUUGGAAGCUCGGCCUGAACAUAAAGAGCUCAUGUGAUCGAGUUGAUAUCGAGAAGAAAGUAAGAGAUUUGAUGGAAGUGAGGAGAGAUGAGUUCAUAGAAAGGGCAGAGAAGAUGGCAAAAUUGGCAAAACAAAGUGUUGGCAAAGGUGGUUCUUCUUGGUGUUAUUUGGACAGGUUGAUUAAGGACAUAAGUUGUAUGGCAACUAAGAAAAGUAUAGUGCAUGAAACUGCUGUAUUUAUAUGAUGUUUUUUUCCAAAGCAUCAUUUUCAAAAAUAAAUUAAUAAUUUCUACUUUAUAAAAGAUUAAUGAAUAAAAAUAAAGUAUAUUUAAUUUCCCAUAGCUUCAA